AUGCAACCGGAGGUUUCAGAGAGGUUUGGUAUGGAAAGGUCUAAUUCAGUGAGAAAUCCUAUUGUACCAGAUUUCAAAAUCACGAAGAAUGAAGGAGGAGUGCGUGUUGAUGUAACUCAGUACAAGCAAAUGGUAGGCAGCUUGAUGUAUGUAACUGUAACAAGACCUGAUCUUAUGUUUGUUGUGAGCUUAGUCAGCAGAUAUAUGGAAAAACUAACGGAGUUGCACAUGCAGACCAUUAAGAGGAUUCUGAGGCAUGUGAGAGGAACUGUAGAGCUGGGAGUUUGCUAUAAGGAAGGAGCUAAUAGUGGUGAGGAGCUGGUGGCUUUCUCAAAUAGUGAUUAUGCAGGCAAUGUUGAUGAUCGUAGGAGUACCUCUGGUUAUGUCUUUAUGUUGAGCAAUGGAGUUGUGGCUUGGUCUUCAAAGAAACAACCCGUCGUCACCCUAUCAACUAUAGAAGCUGAGUUCAUCUCUGCAGCUUCUUAUGCUUGCCAAGGCGUGUGGAUGAGAAGGGUUCUUGAGAAUCUUGGUUGCAAACAAAGUAAGUCCACUAUUAUCUUUUGUGACAAUAGCUCUACUAUUAAGCUGUCAAGGAAUCCUGUUAUGCAUGAUCAGAUUCCAUUUUCUUCGUAA